CAAUGAGUGGUCUUUCGUUAUGCAACAUUAUUACUCUGUACUUUAUUCAUAAUUGAUACGCAAGAAAUUGAGUCCUUACUUGUAUAUUUGGAUUUGAAUAUCUGUGUGUGUGCAGGGAAACCUGUCAGCUUCGAAGACAACGCAACAAUGGCGAUCUUCGUUAGGAUUUCAGCACUGACAUGGGCCGAUCUGUUAGCUGCAUUUGCAAUGUAUGUGAUGAUGAAUUACUUAACAAAUGUUUGGAAUCUAAGCACUACACAUGCUGCUGGUGUCAUCACUAUUUGAAAUCGAAUCACAUCAGUUUUGGCCAUCGUGUUUGCGUUCUUUGUUGACGCCUUCACUAGCGACUUCUUUAUGCUUGUAGUCUCGAGCAUUGCCUACAGCGUUGGACUAGGAUUACUAUCCAUGUCAACACCAGCUGUUUUUGGUCCAUGUAAAGAUGACAAGAAGGAAUGUAUUGGGCACACACAAAAAGUCUUGUUCUAUAUAGCCUUACUGUUGAUCGCGGUCGGGAUGGCCGGUCAUAUGGUCUCGUUAACGCCCUUUUUGGAUCUACAAACGGAGGGUGAUGAAGAAAACAAAGAGGAAAAUGUAACGGAAAAUGAAAAUGGGAAGGAAAAGAAGUCUAGAGGGGAAACUAAAGAGGGAUACAAAAUAUUUAUGCAAAUACCGGGUUUGAUUAUGGUUAUGAUUGUAAUAAUCGCGGGAGGCAUUGGACUUCCAUAUGUAAAGCCGUGGAAACUCCGGUUUGGGAUUCCGGCCAUAUGUUCAGUGGUGGCAACACUUUUAUUCUUUACAGGAUGGCCAUAUUACGAUCGUGAUCCACCCAAAGGGAGUCCAUUAACAACUAUGGUCAGAGUUUUCGUGGCAACUGCGCAUAACAUUUCACAGCAUAUCCCUAAUCAUAAAGACCUUUACUAUGAAGACGAUACCCGUCCCACCAGCAGCCUCAGGUGCUUGGACAAGGCUGCUAUUAAGGUACCAGAAGGGCAACAACCGAACAAAUGGAAGGUUUGCAAUGUGCACGAAGUAGAAGACACCAAAAUUGGUAUUCGUAUGCUCCCAAUGUGGUCAACCUUCAUUGUGGUCGGAAUAGUGCUUUCUAUCGGAAACACUUACUAUUUGGAGCAAGCUAAUCACAUGGACAGAAAGCUUGGGAAAAUAGAGGUGUCCAUUCCAAUCUUCCUUCUGUUCUAUAAGGCCACAAGCUCCAUUUCCGCAACCUCCUAUUCAUUCUUAAUAAACUGAACGAAAAAAUACGCCCCGCCAAUUGGGAUCGCUACCGGUAUGGUUCUCUCAGUAUUAUGUUGCAUUACUGCUGCGAAAGUGGAAACUCGAAGACUGCAUCGGAUUAGAGAUCAUGGUUUGCUAGACAAACCCGAAGACAAGAUUCCUAUGAGUAUAUUUGCACUGCUUCCACGGUUUAUGUUGUUAGCAGCCGUUGAUGGGAUUGCUAAUAACAGUAUCAAGGGUUUCUUUAGGAACCAAACCCCUGAAUCCAUGCGCAGGUAUUUAACUUAUUUCACAAACGGCGUGUUGGGGUUAGGAAGCAUGGCUAGUGUCUUGUCGGUCUAUGUGGUAGGAAAGAUCAGUGAGAAAAAUGGAAAGCCGAAUUGGUUCCAGUAUACGUUAAACAAGAGCCGUUUGGAUCGGUAUUAUUGGGUGUUGGCUGCACUAAGUGCGGUUAAUCUUAUCAUCUACGUCAUUGUUGCGUAUUUCUACAAGUACAAGGAAUCGCCAGAUGGUGGUGCUGACAAGGAUAUACCUGAAGGUGGAGACAUGAAGGAUGAUUUCCAUGACAAGAACUGUUGUUGUUGAGGCAGGUUAGAUGUCAAAAUUUGUGUUAGUUGUUAAGGCUAUCUCUGGUGUUUAUUUAUUCAUAUAAAGAGGUUAAAUCAACAUGACAACAACCUAGUUGAUGUCAAUUUCUACUCUUAAUUCAUUGGCUUAAGAUAUGACUGUUACGUGU